CUUCUCUUCUCAUAGAACAUUUAGAAAAGUUUCAUCUUCUUUUUCCAAGUGUACGAAAGAAGAAGAAAUCAUACAUUUGCUAAAUUAUACAUAUUGAUACUACUAAAUACAAGAUAGACUGAAUUUAACAGCGGAAAUUCUAAGCGAUCGAGAGGGUCAACUUACGGCCAUCUUUGAAACCAAUUUGUUAGGCGCCGAGAAUGGCUGUCGGGCGCGCAUUCGGGGGUGGAAGGAGCUGCGUCGUGGGCGGCAUCGUCCUGGCACUGCGGGCGGCCUUGCUGGUGGGCGUGACGGCGGGAGCGACGCCCGUGGAGAAGUCGAAUCAGCUGUCUUUUGGGGAUGUGCUCGAUAUUCUGGAUCAGUCAGAUCACGGGAACAACUGGGAAGCAUCGGUGGAUUUUCUUCGGCGUGAAGGCAGCCCCCGCACCACCUGCAGAAGCCGCGGUCUGUGCAAGUGCUUCAGCAAAUUGACUCGGAGGGCCUUCUGCUGCGACUGCCUGGGAGGACCCUGCUUCCCUGGGGACUCGACCGUGCUCACGCCUUCGGGAGUCGUGUCCUUGGAUCGCCUUUCCGUUGGGGACCUCGUCCUUGCAGGCGAUGAUGACAAAGUGGCGAUUUGGAGUCCGGUCGUCGCAUGGUUGGAUCGUCGGCCACAUGUCGAGGCCCAGUACCUCACCCUCGCCACAUCAGCUGGUCCUCGGCUCACUCUCUCAUCCUCACAUGUCCUCCUCGGCGGACAAGGACCCCGCCUGGCAUCAAAGUUUGCCGGCGAAGUCAAAGCCGGGGACGUGGUCGUGGCGAUGGGCGAAGAAGGCGCCGUGGAACCUUCUCCCUUCGGCGACGGCAGCGCAAGGCCUCUUUCCCCUGCGAAUGUGACGGAGGUUAUCCCUGUGAUCAAGAAAGGUGCCUAUGUGCCUCUGACGAAAUCUGGCACCAUCUUCGUCGACGGCGUCCUGGCCUCAUGCUACGCCUCAGUGACCCAUGACCUGGCCCACGCUGCCCUCUCCCCCAUCAGGUGGGCCCCUGAGUGGGCUGUCGGAGGGCAGCGGGAGGGAACCAUGCCCUUUGUAAGUCUCCUCAAGUGGGUUGCUAGGUGGGUCGUGCCCCGUCACCUCCGUGCUCCUAAAGACACUUCCGUGACCGUGAUCGUGCCCGCAGAAGGGAGGAUGUCGCCUCUCGCCACCAUGUCGGGGAUCCUCGAUGGCCUCGGCGCUGCGGUCCAGCUGAUGGUCACUUCUGUGUAGUGUGCUGCAGCGGUCCUUUGGCCAGCGCCGAAUAGGAGCCUGAGGCAUAAGUCAAUUUGGGCCCCCAGCCCUUGA